CCCCACUGAACAAAAUGCCCCGCCCAAUACGAGUGAUCUAACAUCGUUCAAACAUUCCAUCGUACGUUCGAGGUUCGAUGUGAAGUGUGGAGUUGGUCCAACCUGCUCCUUUUCUUAUCGUCCAACUUCCAGGAUAGCCCUUUACCACCAAGAGGAAUUGGUAUCGACAGCACGAAGAGAGGAGAAAAAAAAAGAACCGCCAUUGAGGUAUGCCUAAGCCGUGAAUAGGACGCGCGUGACCCGUGGAAUUUAUACAAAAUAAGCAAGUAACGUGGCCGUUAACGUUGUGACAUGUCUAUUCUAGACGAGCGCGACGAAUACUUGAAGAAUCCGUAUUUUAAGGAGCACUUGUACGGCGACUUCACCGCAUUCUAUGUCACAAUUGCUCUCUGCACCGUCUUAGGCGUAUUUCUAUUUAUCUUGAACAUCGUGUUCUGUUGGUGCUCGCGACACCGUGAAUAUUGGCAAGAUCGCAACUCCGGCAAUAGGUGGAUCCAGCCUCUAUGGACUGUAUUGCCGCAUAAAACACCGCCGCUUGAUCUUAGCGAGUUAGAACCUGGUCUCAUCAAGUAUCCUCAAGUGAGGCACGAGAUUGUUCAGUAUCACGAUCCGGAGUCUCAGGGUACUACGCCACAGCCCCAAGAGUACAUGGAGAUGCAAAAACGCGAGAGUGAGAUCUAAAGUAGCUGGCAGCACCAACUGGCGAGAACAGUGUUGGAAAACAGUAGUAG